UUUCGAUCAAAAUGUGCCAGUUGUUGGUGAAAACUGUUGAAUUUUUGCUUUGAAUAGAAAUACUGAAAAUGGCAGAGGAACAGCCUCCGUUGAUGCUCUGUUUAGAGAAUGCAGCCGGUGAGGAGGUGUCUCUCAAUAUCGAGCCGAAUGAUGAUUUCCACUCCUUCCUAAUAAAAGCCAAGUUUUGCGAGCGCCUUUUCGCAGAAUUCACGGAGUUGGUUGAGCAUGGUGAUGUUCACAAGCACGUGACAGAAGACGGAGAGGUGUUUCCGUGCCCUUUGUGCUUUUAUGGAUACGCCAAUUUUAAAUGGCUCAAGGGCCAUCUUAAAGCAGCUCACGAUAAAGCUCCGAAGCCCCGAACUGAAAGCAAAAACGACGAUGAAAAGGAAGGAUCACCAACACAGUGUGAGCAGUCCCCAGUGGCUAGAAGAACUAGGAGUAAUGAUAAGAAAAGUGGCGACGAUUGUAAAGAUGAUGUAUCGAAGUCGGAAGAGGAGAAUACAAAAUCAGGGGAACCUGAAACGGAAAAACAAGAAUGCACAAUGGAAAUCAAGUUAGAAAUUAAACAAGAGGCCUUAGACACAAGCGACGAAGAAGCAAUAUGGAUCGUUCAUACCGACGACACACCGGCAGAACAGCUACACUCUCUUCUGCAUUCAAAUCAUGGUGGACAUGUCAACACAUAAAUGCAAGCGACGAAACCGGAAGCGGAAGAGCUCGGGCAAGGAUGAAAAUGUCACUUUAUCCUCUCAGAAGGACACUGUAAAG